AAUCAAAAUAGCGUAUUGUCCUCAUUACGUAUGCCAAAGCUUUUGAAACGUUUUUUCUUUUCUUCUUUUGGUUGGGUUUGGUUUGUUCUCAUCGCACUCAACCUUUCUAAUCAAUUAAAUUAGAAGAACAAAAGAAAAAAAAAAAAGAAAUUAAAGGCUUAAGGGACGCCAUUCAUUCCACAAAGAUGUGGUUUUGAGCUCAACAUAAGCUCAAACACGUGUUGUUCGUUUUUUCAAUCCUCAGUCCCAGGUUGACCUUAAGAAGAGUCUGGAAAUGGAGUUCAAAGAAGGGAGUUCAGUGGAGGUGAUGAGAGAACAGAUGGGUCCUUACGGUCCAUGGUAUCCUGGCAGGGUAAUUGGUGUAGAUGGCAAUGAUUACACGAUCAGGUACAAGUUUCUUAUGGAUUGUCGAGGAAAAUUGGUUGUGGAAAGGGUGCAGGAGAAGAACAUGAGGCCUCAACCUCCACAACAUGAUCGGGAGAAGAAAAGAUGGGUGGCUGGUGAUAUAGCUGAGGUGUUUGAUACACAGUGUUGGAGGGUUGGAAAGGUAGCCAAAGUAUUGAGAAAGGGUCGUUUGGUUAUUAAGUUUUAUGGGUUCAUUCAACUCAAGGAAUUCAAUGUGUCUUGUUUAAGAACUCAUAAACUUUGGCAUGAGAAGAAGUGGUCACUGCUUGUCAAAGUUCAAAACCAUGGACAGGAAGCUAGCCAUUCUCCACAACAAACUAUUUCAAACCAGUGUUGGAGCUUGGUUUGCAGUGAUCCAGUUCAGGCAGUUUGUGAAUCAAAAACUUGCACAAAAAAUGAAUAUGUACGAAGAAGCCUUAAGAAGAGAACAAAUGCCUUUGAUCCUCUUCAUGAACCAGUCUCCAAGAACCAAAUGUUGGGAAAAAACAUUAGGAAAAGAACAUCCAAACCAGUUGCAGGAGUAUGCAAUAGCCCUUUGGUAAACAACCAUUCUUUGUAUACUUUUCACCAAAUAAGAUUAGAUAACACCACCAAACCGGAACAAGAAACAAACAACUGGUUACAUUGUUCUGUUCAAUCUACUGAAGAUAGUAACGAGUGCUCGGUUGCUAGUUGUAGUUUGAACGAGUCUGCUAACUCCACAAGAGGAAGCUCACUCAAGCUUAACGAAAAGAAUUUUCCUGAUUCGGACGCUGAGUCAUCUUCAUUGCCCUCAUUGUACAGUAAAAGGAACACAGUUCUUCCAUGUCUUGGAAGCAAACUAGGAGUUGACAUCCAUAACUUGGAGCUUGAAGCCUACAAGUCAACAGUUUUGGCACUAUAUGCCUCUGGCCCCUUAAGUUGGGAACAGGAGUCUAUGCUAACUAAUCUACGCCUCUCUCUACAUAUUUCAAAUGAUGAACAUUUGCUUCAGCUGAGAAACCUUUUGGCUGCUCAAGUUGUUUGAUCAUCUUUAUCUCGGUCAACACCGACAUGUUUGGUAUCUGCUGAAAAAUUCAGGUGAUUAAUUCUCUACUAAUCUCUUGAAUAUUUUGGCUGCUGUACUUUGUAGCUCUUUAAGUUGUAGAUACAUGUGUAAGUAAAUUGGUCCAGAAUAUUUUCAGUUUUGUUUUUGUUUUCAUUUGUAGUCAUAAUAAGUAUAAGUGACAAUGUCUAUGACCAAAAAGAUUACAUAUAUGUAGUGUUAAUAAUAAUAAGUAUGUAAAUGCUUUUUGGAUGCCAACUUGUUUGUUAAUGAUGGAAUGAGAUCUUUUAGUUCU